UGCAUAUUUGAGGUUAUUGAUAUUUCUCCAGGAUGAUCCCUUACAGGAGUAUUUAAGUUUAAAAAAGAAACUAUUUAUAUCCAGGUAUACAAGUAUACAUGGAUACUUUGCUACAUUUUGUUGGUCUUUACAUUUUACUUUGCCAUAAGGAAACAAGCAAGUCAUCUUUGCCCCCAAUAACCAGCAUUCGAUACGUGACACUCUUCUCAGCGUUACUGGCUUUCAGAAACGGGGCGUGGAGGAUCACACCUUUUCUAAUGGAGUCUCUAAAAUCUAAAAAGGUAAAAUAGUUGCCCACGGUCUUCCGAGAACAUGGUAUGUCCUAAGAAAGACUUCUCAUCCAAGAUAAUAUCAAGGGGAAAAUUAUCACAGUCAAGCAUAUACAAUAUGUAUCAUGUAACCCACUUAUGUAAAACUGUGUAAAUCCACAACAAAUAUACAUAUGUGCAUAAAGUAAUAAUGUUCACCAAAAUAUAAACAAAUACUGUCUCUGGGCUGGGAUUCCAAAUAAGGUAUACUUUCUUUGUUGUUUUUCUUUUUAAGUUGUGUGAUGAAUGGCUAUUAUUUUUACAAAAGGAAUCAAGUUGCUUUUCAAAGAAAAAUUUUUCUCCAAAUUUAUCUUUUUUUUAGCUUUAAUUGUAUUUAACGUUCAUGUGACCUCCUUUUCCUUUUCUUUAUUACUAUCCACUUGUCUGUGGAAAUAUUAAAACAACACUCACCAAACUAUCACCAAUCCUGCAUGGUAUAAAUCAGUUUCAGAGUUCUAGUUUUUAGAAGUUUUCCUUUUUUUUUCAUUCGCCAUUAAAUGAAGUAAAAACAGUUUUUCCAAAUGAAAAAUGGCUUUUCUCUCUUUCCCUAAUCUUUUUUUAAAUUAUUUUAUAUCAGAGUAUAGCUGAUAUUGCGAUAGUUUCAGGGGGACAGCCAAGGGACUCAGCCAGAUGUAUCCAUUCUCCUGCAAACUCCCCUCCCAUCCAGGCUGCCACCUAACACUGAGCAGAGUUCCCUGUGCUGUACAGUAGGACCUUGCAGGUGAUCCUUUUACAUAAAGCAGUGUGUACAUGUCUAUACCAAACUCCUUAACGAUCCCUUCCCUUCAUCCUUCCCGGCUGGUAACCAUGCAUUCCUUCUCUAUGUCUGUGACUCUGUUUCUGUUUUGUGAAUAAGUUCAUUUGUGUCAUUUCUUUUUAGGUUCCCGGAUGUCACAGGUCUUUCCCUAAUCUUAACAGCUAGGUUCAUCACCGCCAGCUAGCACCCCAACACCUAAGGAAGCUGUACCCAUGUGGCACCAGUCUCUUUGCCGCACUGGUCUCACAUGCCUGCCAUCUUUGUGUCCCCAGUACACUGAACUAUGAGCUGGAUGCUCAUAAAUAUUUGUUACACAGACUAAAAAAGAAGCAAUCAUUACUCCAGGAGGUGCCACAUGCAGAAAGGAAGGAGCAGGAGAAGGAAGAGAGGGAGGUCGGAAGAGAAGGAGGUCGGAAGAAGGGAGCUCAGAUUCCAAGGGCAGAGGGGGAGGGCGGCAGGCCCAGCCUCGCUCACUCUGCUUUACCGCCCUCCCGUUCGCUCUCACUCCUCUGCGUCCAUGUCUAUUACUCUGUCUGCAGGCUGUUGGCCUCUUGCCCUCCCUUGUCUUGACCUGCCUUUGCCAGGUCAGUCACUGUCAUUGGGAAGACUUGUCCUAUGCUGGGCAGGUUCUCACUCCUGCAGCUUGAAAGACAAACAGGCCAGCAGACACCUCAAGGAACCUGAUGAGGAUAAGGUAGCUGAAGAGGCCUGGGCACACAGGUAACUGAGGUGGUUAGGGUUACAGAGUACUGCACAAAAAGUAAACAAAACUGUUUCCUUCUCAAAACAAACAAACAAACCCCCAACCAACCAAACAACAGGAGCCACAGCAUUACCCAGAAUCUGAAGAGAGUGGGUGUUUUCCUUUGGUUUUCUCUUCUCUGUCCUCAUCUGUUGUCUUGAAAGUUUAAAAGAAACUCCGGGGCCGCGGGCACCGGUGUCCUUUCUCUGCUGGACAACAGGCCUGACGGCCGCCUGCCCCAGAGCCUCCCAACUCAUGGUCCGUCCUUCUGUGACCUCAUUCCCUGCCUGGUUCCGUGUGCCACUCUGUGACUUAAUCGAGGUGAGAUCUGUUUCAGCACACAAGCUCCAGAGGCCCCGCAGGCUCGUCCCUUUGCAGAUAACUCGGGGGGGUGGGGGUGGUUUUAGGGCUGAGGUCUCAGCAGAUCACCCUUGUGCCUACUUCUCCAGAGACUGCUUUUCCCUCUGACCCCUGAAGAGCCUUCAAAGAUCGCCUCUCUGGGCGCCUCGUGGCUGUUCUAGCGCGUGUGUGCGGCCUGCUGGGCCCCCGCGCAUGCCAUGGACCGCAGAGCGCCUCCAACUGCGCCGGAGCUGCCCGAGCGGCUGCCGGCAGAGGAGAAGCACCUGCUGAGCAGCCUGACCGCGGCAGACACCUUGGCCCGAGUCCUGCGGCCCUGCUACGGGCCCCAGGGGCGGCAGAAGCUCCUCGUCACCGCCAAAGGCGACACUGUGCUCACGGGGCACGCCGCGGCCAUCCUGCGGGCGCUGGAGCUGGAGCACCCGGCUGCCCGGCUGCUACGGGAGGCGGCGCAGGGCCAGGCGGAGCAGAGCGGCGACGGCGCGGCCUUCGUGGUCCUCCUGGCCCAGGCGCUGCUGGCACAGGCUGAGCGCCUGCUGCGGGCCGGCCUGCCGCGCGCCCAGCUCCGCGAGGCCUACGCGGCGGUGGCCGCGGAGACGCUGGCCCUGCUGCCGUCGCUGGCUGUCCGCGCGCUGGGGCCCCUGGAGGACCCGGUCUGGGCGCUGCGCUCGGUCAUGAACACGCACGCGCUCUGGCGCACCGACCACCUGGCUGGGCUGGUGGCGCAUGCGUGCUGGGCCACGCGGGAGCUGGACGGCGGCUUCCGGCCGGAGCGCGUGGGCGUGUGCGCGCUGCCUGGCGCGCGGCAGGAGGACUCGUGCCUGCUGCCCGGCCUGGCCCUGCUGGGCAAGCCCUGCGGCCAGGUGACCAUGGUGCUCAGUGGUGCCCGCGUGGCUCUCUUGGCCUGCGACUUCGGGCCCGCCCGCCCCCUUGCUCCGGCCACCGCCCGGCUCUCCAGCCCCGAUGACCUGAUCCGGUUCCGGAAAGGCAGCGAGAGUCUGAUAGAAAAGCAGGUGGCCCAGCUGGCUGCUGCGGCUAACGUGGUUGUGGUCUCGGGGGACAUCGACGAGAAGACCCUCACGCAAGCGGACAAGUACGGCCUCAUGGUGAUCCAGGUCGCGUCCCGGCGGGAGAUGGUUUAUCUGAGCGAGGUGCUGCGCACCCCUUUGACGCCUUACCUCGUUCCUCCGCUGGAGCCAGGGAAGUGUCAGAGGGUGUACGGGCAGGAGCUGGGAGAAGCUUUGGCCGUGGUGUUUGAGUGGGAGAGUUCAGGCACCCCUGCCCUCACCUUGGUCCUCAGGGGGGCCACUGCCCAUGGGCUGCGGGGGGCCGAGCAGGCCGCCUACAGCGGCAUUGACGCCUACUUCCAGCUGUGCCAGGACCCCAGACUGCUCCCCGGAGCUGGGGCCACAGAGAUGGCCCUGGCGAAGAUGCUCUCGGAGAAAGGGGCCAAACUGGAAGGGCCCAACGGCCCCACCUUCCUGGCGUUCGCCCAAGCCCUGCAAUCUCUUCCGGAAACUUUGGCAGAGAACGCAGGCUUAGCUGUCCCCGACGUGAUGGCAGAAAUGAACGGAGCUCACCAGGCUGGAAACUUCCUCAUAGGAGUGGGGGUCGAGGGGAUAAUAAAUGUGGCCCAGGAAGAAGUGUGGGACACCCUGAUAGCCAAAGCCCAAGGACUUCGAGCCGUGGCUGACGUGGUUCAACAGCUCCUGACUGUUGAUGAUGUUGUCUUGGCCAAGAAAAGUCCCGCAUAUCCGCAGGACCCGAAUCCUGAACCCAAGAAGAGGAGUGCCCGUCCCCUGUGAGAUAAACGGAGCCCUUGGAACAAAUAACUGGCAACAUCCUUAAUAAAGUGGGGUCGCUAGGAAGGGCGCUGCCACCCCAAAAAAUGAAUGCUUGCCUUGUGUUGCCUCCAAGCUUGGUGCUAUUUGAGUCCAUUUCUUUAGAUAAAAACAACAUAUAAAGAACCACAAGCAGAGUCCUUCUUGAUUUACUUCCUUUCAGAUUCUUGGCUUUUUUCGUUUCCUGUUUCUCUCCAUCAGAUUCUGUUCCUUCCCUCCAAGAAAAGCAAGAUUCAAUUCCAUUAAAGAUUUUUAAAUUGAGUAACUGGGUUUGGGGAAUGUAAAAAAAAAAAAAAAAAAGCAGGUAUCUCUAAAUUAUUUUGAGUAUUCUUGCAUGAAUUCUAAUAUAUGUGAAUUUCUAUCCAGAUGUCACUUUAACAAUCUGAGAACAUCAGUUUCAGCUUAAAGGAGUGACCACUCAUUUCUGUUGUGAUUAUUUGGGAAAAGAGAGAAUAUUAAGGCAAAAAAAAAUCAAUGUAAAAGAAAAAAAAUGAGGUGGGAGGCAAUACUAUUUUUAAAAAGCAUCCUUGGCAUGUAUAACAAAAGAUAAGAACACACUCCUUAGAACCACACACAGCUCUGGAGUAGGAGAGGAGCAGUGGGGAGCACCUUUCACCAGGGUGUCCUGGCCAGGCUGUGAUUAUGACAAGGUGCUGUACUGUGCUGUGCUUAGUCGCUCAGUCAUGUCCAACUCUUUGCAUCCCCAUGGACGCUAACCCUCCAGGCUCCUCUGUCCAUGGGAUUUUCCAGGCAAGAUUACUGGAGUGGGUUGUCAUGCCCUCCUCCAGGGGAUCUUCCCAACCCAGGGAUUGAACCCAGGUCUCCCGCAUUUCGAGGCGGAUUCUUUACUGUCUGAGCCUCCAGGGAAGCCCAUGACCAGGUAUCCCUGGGCAAUAAAGAGGAGUUUGAGUAGAGCCAGAGCAUGUUACCCAAAGCCUUUCCCACUUAGCCGUCUGAGUUUCUCUGCCUCUGGGAAGAGAGCAGCAUGUCGGGGCAGAAGUGAGGCGAUGGGAGGCUGCAGUCUAUUGGAAUCAAAACAAAAAAGCUUAAGCAUUUGGAGAGAAAACCAAACUCAAGAAACAACUGUCUUACAGCAGGCAAAGAUUCUUUGAAACCCGGAAAUGAAAUCCUGAGAAUCUGUUAGUGAACAAAGGAUAGUGGAUGAAAAUGUACUAAAACUAGACUCACUAUUACAAACUUCAGAUCUAUACAACAUCCUCCAUGGGUGGGUUUGUCCUUGUUUGUCUUCAUUAUUAAAUCUUAGCAAAUAUAAGUAAAUGCUGUCAUAUUUCUCCCCUGCCCUCAGGUUCCAUAUUGUUCUCAUAGAGUCUCAAAUUCCAUAAUCAUAGUGAUGAUGAUAGUUAACUUUGUAAAGCAGUUCAAAAGCACUUUGUACUCAUUUAAUCAUCAAAACAAACUUAGGAGAAAGAAGCUUGUUAUUGCUCAGCUUCUGGAGACACAAUUGAGCUUCAGAAAAAUUAAGUGAUUGGGUAAAGUUACACAGUAAAUAGAAGUGGAAAACCCAUUCUCUUAUUCAUUAUUUUAUUGCCCCAAUCAAAUUCCUCUGUUGUGUUGUUUUCAUAGACAUAACCCCUAUGAUUAUGAAGAAAGUAUGUCUCAAAAUGGCCCUUGGAAAACAUACAAUUAGUGUUUUCUAAAUUAGGCAGAAAGCCAUAAUCAUUUUGCAAAAUAAAUUAAAGAUGGCUCUUGCUCACAGAGAACGUUUUAGUUAUAGAUCCAAGACAUACAUAAGUCAAAUAAUGUAACUUAGUAUCUUUUAAAUGCCCUAACUUUGAUACACAAGUGAAUUUUUUGAUAAUUUACUUGGGGAGAAAUCAUACUGUAACAUUACCA